AUGGCUGCGGAGUCCGAGAGGCCGCCUUACCUCCACGGUGCCUCUGGUCGAACCAGGGAUGCCAAGGAUCCGGAAGCCGCAUCAGAUCCCACUGAGUUGGCCAACGACAGCGACAUGGGCGAUUUACCUCACCUGGGUGGGAAGUCCUCCACUCUGGCCAUGACACAAGUGCCCAAACUUGCACCAAGUUUCCCAGUCACCUCCGCUUCACCGUCCAGUCCCAACUCCGUUGUCUCAUCCCGCGAGUCUUCGCCGGUCCGAAAAUCUUCACGAACCGUCAAUUCAUCCGCCGUUGGCCGAGUGCGCUCUCAAUCCCGCAAGAGCAGUCAAGACCGGCCCAGUCCGACUCGUUCGUCCGCCAACGGGCACUCUCCUUCUACCACCACGCCAUCAGCCCCGCGAGAAUCGGCACAUCCCGACAGUACCCCCGUCCUCCCCCCUCCUGCCUCGACCGACUCCCCAACCAAUGUCCUCAGUCCGGAGAAGACCAAUAUGCCACUACGGGCGGGAAAUCGUCGUACAGAUUCGGAAUCUACACCGCCCAAUACCUCUCUCAAACGGUCGUCAACUCGAUCACCGCCAGACGAGCAUGGACAGGUCGACCGAAGCGCUCCUCGUGCGGUCACGAGGGGAGCCAGUGGACAAGGGCCACCCCUGGAGACGGUUCAGGAACUGGCCAGCAACCCAUCUACUCCUUCCGGCGAAUCCAUCUUCAAACCAAGCACUCCGGAUGAUUCACGGUUACACACAAUCGACGAAGACCCGACACCUCGAGCGUUGAAGCAGAAUGCCGAAAGUGGAAGUGACAGUGGCGGUAAUCGAAGUUCUGGCACGAAAGAUGAGGAGCCGUCGAAUGCCACAGGAACUACAAAGCCCGCAAAGACUCUUAUGCCUCAACGUUCUACGGCGUCUCUUAGCGCUGGCGCUCGAAAUAAGCCCGCUGAUGGGUCGGUUCGCAAUAUGGUCGUGGAGACUGAGACGUCUCUCUGGGUGUGGGGACCGGCGAACGUGGGAACGCCAGUCGAACUGAUCAAGCCCCCCCUCAGAAGCCGUGCCUCAGAAGAAACAAUUCGGAUGCUCCGGAAAGAGCGCAAUCCCAAGAAGCGACGAAUUAAUCCGCCCACGGGCCCUACAUCCAGCAAGGCAGAUAUCUUCGAGGCCAAGGUGGCUAGUGCCGUGGAUGAAGCUGAUGUGUCUGACUCUGAUGAGACAUUUGUAUACGAAUCCAACCCACCUGAUCCAUUUCCCGCUCGGCAACGGCGAUAUCAUUCCCGAACACCCAGCGCAACUUCGAUGGCGAGCCAGGCUGAUCAGCGGCCCGUUCGAGUGGCAGCCAUCAGCAAUGGAAACCACAGUGUUACCGGGAAACGAAGCAUGAAAUUCACCAACAAUACCUACAAUGGGAGCUUGGACGGGGAGUCUAUAGAUGGAGACGCCGUGCGAAACACGAACGCUUCCGGCACUGUUACCCCUCGACAUCUCCACCUCGGGCGUUCGCACCGCACCAACGGUGGAGGUUAUCAGUCUAUAUUUGACAGCAACUCGCCUUUCCCGCAUCAGCAACAUCAACCUAAGUCCCCACGCCAUGUCACUGGCAGCAUUCGGCAUUCACGGUCCAGCCCUCGGUCAAAUCCAGGUUACAAGACCUUCGGUAGCUCCAAACAGGGUGGCGACGUGUAUGAUUUUGAAGCCGAAGGUGCGGAUGACGAGGGCACGCCCUUGGUAACCCCUCGUCCUCCGCGCAGUCGUGCCGGUCGUCGUCCUAAUAGCACAAGUCUCCGCCAAAUGGAAUACAUGGCCCAACGACAACGGGGGUAUUUUUCACGCUAUGGAUCAUGUAUCAUCAUCUUGUUGCUACUGCUGAUUAUUGCCGGUGGGGUGACUUCAUUCAUCAUUGCCGCGACUCGAACGCUUUUGGAUGUUCAGGUCGUUAAUAUCCAGAACGUGUUGGCCUCCGAGCAGGAGCUCAUGCUUGAUCUCAACGUGCAGGCCGUCAACCCGAACAUUUUCCCUCUCACAAUCGACGACACCGAUCUCAACAUCUUCGCCCGGAGUCGAUAUGUCGGCACAGACAAAUUUUGGCGCGAGCACGGUUCUGAUGAGCUGGAGAAGUUUCCUCUUCCACGUACUAAGGAAAGUCAGCGCCGCUGGCAGUUUUCUCAGAUUGUCCGAUGCCUCGGAAAUAUGGAGUGCGUGGCGGAAUCGGUGGCUAGGAAAGCCGCAACCUCGACCGAGAGCAAGGGAGGAGGCGUUGAUCAUGGCACCGACCCUAUCGAUGACCCUGAAAGCGACUCCCAAACCAUGUUGCUUGGCCGAGUCUUCCAUUUCGACUCCCCACUCUCCUUUGAGGCUUCACCGUGGAGCAACCGCCCAUCCACUUCUAAAGGACAGAUCCGUCUUCCUCGGCCUGGAAACAAGACCGAGGAAGGUGGUACCGAGCGCUGGGAGCGAGUCCUUCAACACCAGUUCGACUUGAUUGCACGCGGAGUGAUCAAGUACCAGAUCCCCCUCAGCUCUCGCUACUUCUCCGCUUCCGUCAAUUCCAAGGUUAAGGUUGUCCCUAGUGAUGACAGCAAUGGCCCUGACGACAAGGUUCCAAGUAAUGAAACCGCCACGAUCUCUUUCAAGAGACCAAGCUCCCCCUUCCUCCUCGCGGAUCCCGCGAGUCCCGAUUCUACCUCCCAAGGAUCGACUCUCUGA